UCCCCCGCUCAUACACUACACACAUAAAAUUGCUAGCAAUGUGCAAAUUCACCUGGCAUAAUAAUACAUAUCACUGCUUCAGUUUGCAUUUGGGGAAAUGACGCAGCUAGUGAGGUGAUAAUGGAGGCGGAUCAAAUGCUGGUCCAGAACCGACAGAGGCACCGUUCAUAAUGCAUUUAUGUUGCAGUGUCUACCACAACCACAAGUAGGCGUGGCUAAAACAAUACCGUGUCAUCUUUUCAGCCAUUUAAACAGAGCAAUAUCUCUCAGAUUUCAGAACAUUUAUAUUUGAGUUUAGAUAAAGUUCUCUGUGAAAGAGAACUUGAUCAAUCAUAUCAUAUCAUAUAGAAAACAUUCAACCAUGAAUACCCAACAACAAGAUGAUGAUCAUAUAAUAAUGUUCCCGUUCAUGGCACAAGGUCAUAUCAUACCAUUCUUAGCUUUAGCAAAGCUAAUCUCUCAGAGAAAACCCAACACUAGGAUCACUCUUGUUAGCACUCCUCUCAACAUCAAAUACCUUCAGCUAACCUUAGAUUCAGAAACCAAGACCAUAUACAAAAACAUAUCUUUAGCUGAACUUCCUUUCUCGGGUACGGAUCAUGGGUUACCACCUAAUUCUGAAAACACUGAUUCUUUACCUUCUCAUCUAAUCGAAAGCCUCUUCUACGCAUCAGAAACCUUAAAACCUUCUUUCGACAAUCUUAUUACCCAAAUCAUAACAAAUGAAAAACGUGUCCCUGCCUGUAUUAUCUCUGAUAUUUUCUUAGGCUGGGUUAAUGAUAUUGCCGAACGUGUCGGUGCGUAUCAUAUUUCUUUCACCACUGGUGGUGGGUACGGCACUGCUGUGUAUUUCUCAAUGUGGAUGUACCUUCCGCAUCGUAAAAAUGAUGAUGAUCGCAAUGAUCUUAUUGAAGAAUUUCACGUACCCGAAUUCCCGGAUACGUGUCGGUUGCAUAUCUCUCAACUUCCAGUUUAUCUAAGAGAAGCAGAUAAAGAAACCCCAUUUGCCAAAUUUUUCCAGAAACAGAUUUCGCUGUCACUGAAAUCAGAUGGAAUGCUGUGUAAUACUGUCGAAGAGAUUGAAGUUUUGGGUUUGGAAACUCUUAGAAAACAUAUGGAUUGUAAACCAGUUUGGACUAUUGGUCCUUUACUGCCUCCAUUUUUACUAGGCAAUGGGAGGGAUUCAACAAAUAAAGGUGUUGCUUCAAACUUACGGGCAGGGAAAGAAUUCGGGAUUUCUCCAGAGAGUUGUAUAGAGUGGUUGAACCAUAAGAAACCAUCUUCGGUUCUAUACAUUUCAUUUGGUUCUCAAAACACAAUUAGAGCAUCAAAAAUGAUGGAAUUAGCUUUGGGUUUGGAGAAAAGUGGGAAAUGUUUUAUAUGGGUAUUAAGACCACCGAGUGAAUUCGAUAUAAAAUCUGAAUUCAGGUCUGAAUGGUUACCACAAGGAUUUGUUGAGAGAAUCAAAGAAUCUCAAAGGGGGUUGUUGGUGAAAAAAUGGGCACCCCAACUGGAGAUACUAUGUCACAAGUCAACAGGUGCAUUUCUGAGUCAUUGUGGAUGGAAUUCGGUGUUAGAGAGUUUAAGUCAAGGAGUACCUAUAAUUGGUUGGCCCUUGGCAGCAGAACAAUGUUAUAAUUCUAAGAUGAUGGAAGAGGAAAUGGGUGUUUGUAUGGAAUUGGCUAGAGUUGACGGACAAGUAGCUAAUGAGGAUGUGAAGAAAAUAAUUGAACAAGUAAUGGAUAGUAGUAAAGGAGACGAAAUGAGGAAGAAGGCAAUGGUGAUUGGGGAGAAAAUUAGAGCUUCAAUGACAGAAGAUAAAGGUGAAGGUGAUUGUCAGAAAGGGUCAUCUAUUAGAUCAGUUGAUGAUUUUCUUGCAACCGUAACUUCUAAAAAUUAAGCUAUAAAACUUUAUAUUAGUCGAUAGAUUUUUAUUGUAUUUGGACUUUGUAAUAAACUUUUGAGUUCAAGAACAUGCAAUUUGAUGCAUGAUUCUUCUGGGCCUUGGCCACAAUCUAGCCAAGACCAGAGAUGUGCAGCAUUAGUUGUGAAACCUAUUUUGAGGAAUACUCAAAUGUUUUGAGGCA